GAUUCAUGCUCUCUCUCUCUCUCUCUCUCUUUUCAUAACAGAAAAUUCCGUUCUCUCUCUUCAUUUAGGGUUUCCUACUUUCCUUCCUCCUUCAACUUUCACUCUCGAUCCGGUUAUUCCGAGUCUGUGCCUUGCAAUGCCGCGUCCGGCGAAAUCAGUGAGGCCGUCGCACGAAGGAAGCGCCGCCGCCAGGGAUUCCGACGAACCUUCCAACAACCUCUGGGUUGGGAAUCUAGCGCCGGACGUAACCGACGCUGAUCUGAUGGACCUGUUCGCGCAGUACGGCGCCCUCGACAGUGUCACCUCUUACUCGGCCCGUAGCUACGCCUUCGUGUACUUCAAGCGCGUGGAGGACGCUAAGGCCGCGAAGAACGCUCUCCAAGGGUUCUCCCUCCGCGGCAAUUCCUUGAAAAUCGAGUUUGCUAGACCGGCAAAGCCAUGUAAACAGCUUUGGGUGGGUGGUAUUAGCCCAGCUGUGACAAAGGAAGAAUUAGAAGCCGAAUUUCGUAAAUUUGGUAAAAUUGAGGAUUUUAAGUUUUUCAGGGAUCGAAAUACUGCAUGUAUUGAAUUUUUCAAUCUGGAUGAUGCCACUCAGGCAAUGAAAGUCAUGAAUGGGAAACGUUUAGGUGGUGAACACAUUCGUGUAGACUUCCUUCGAUCACAUUCUACAAGAAAAGAUCAGUCGUCUGAUUAUGGACAGUUUCAAGGAAAAGGCUAUGGGCCUACUGAUCCCUACACUGGACAAAAAAGACCUCUGCAUUCACAACCCCCAAUGGGAAGGAAAAGUGAUAGUCAACCCAGUAAUAUUUUGUGGAUUGGCUAUCCUCCUGCCAUUCAGAUUGACGAGCAAAUGCUCCACAAUGCCAUGAUUUUAUUUGGAGAAAUCGAGAGAAUCAAGAGUUUUCCUUCAAGGAACUAUUCAUUAGUUGAAUUUAGAAGUGUUGAUGAAGCUCGGCGUGCAAAAGAGGGUCUUCAAGGACGCCUUUUUAAUGACCCUCGGAUAACAAUUAUGUAUUCAAGCAAUGAGUCUGGAAAAGAUUACCCUGGCUUAUAUGGUGGUAGCGGUCCAAGAACUGACGCGUUCAUGAAUGACCAUCCAUUUCGACCAUUGCAAAUGGAUUCAUUUGGUCAUAAUCGUCCAGUGGUUCCAAAUAAUUUUCCUGGACAGUUGCCACCUGGAGGUAUUCUUGGACCAAAUGCACAAAUGCGGCCGUUUGGUCCUCAAGGGAGUCUUGAACCUCUUAUUUCUGGUCCCGAGUUUAAUGAAAUGGGCAUGCACCACAAAUUUCAGGAUGGUAGUUCCAAGGGUAACAUGGGUCCAAACAGGAAAAGGCCUUCUCCUCCUGCCCCAGGGAUGCUUUCUCCUUCUCCUGCAUCAGGUGUCAGGCUCCCUUCAAGAUCAGCUUCCGGUGGAUGGGAUGUACUUGACAUAAACCAUAUUCCAAGGGAGUCUAAACGUAUGAGAUUAGAUGGUACUAUGCCUGUUGAUGAUGUUCCGUAUCCUUUAAGGAAUGUAGAUGAUCGUGUGUUAGGUAUGGACCAAACAUAUGGUCUUGAUCCGGUGAGCACAAGGUUGGGAGCUGGAGUACUUGGUGCUGCACAACCUGAUGCUGAUCAUAUAUGGCGUGGAAUCAUUGCAAAGGGAGGGACUCCGGUUUGUCAAGCUAGAUGUGUCCCUAUUGGGAAAGGGAUAGCUGCUGAGCUCCCCGAGGUGGUUGAUUGCUCAGCUAGGACGGGAUUGGAUAUACUCACAAAACACUAUGCUGAUGCUAUUGGUUUUGACAUUGUUUUCUUUUUGCCAGAUAGCGAAGAGGAUUUUGCUUCCUACACUGAAUUCCUUCGCUAUCUUAGUGCAAAAAACCGUGCGGGUGUUGCAAAAUUUGCUGAUAAUACCACAUUAUUCUUGGUACCCCCUUCUGAUUUCCUGACAAAAGUUUUGAAGGUCACUGGACCUGAACGUCUAUAUGGUGUGGUUCUUAAGUUUCCUCCAGUUCCAGGUAAUACUCCAAUGCAGCAGUCUUCACAUUUGCCUAUACCAUCAAGUCAGUAUAUGCAGCAGAUUCCUCCUUCACAAGCUGAGUAUGGAUUGAUUUCUGCAAAGGAAGAACCAGUUUUGCCAACAGAUUAUAACAGACUGUUGCAUGAUGAGUCUAAACUUCCUCCUAAACCAGUCUAUCCGGCCACUAGUGGUCCCCCCUCACUUCAGGCUGGGCCUCCGGAUUAUCCUACUGGUUCCAUGUCCCAAGAUGGAGUUGGAUUAACUCCGGAGCUUAUUGCAGCUUUAACUAAUUUAAUCCCUGGAACAACUCAAUCAUCGACAAUUGAUGGUGCCAAGUCAGCAGUAGGCUCCUCAACUGUGAGGCCUCCAUUUCCCCCUGUUGCACCUAAUGAUGGUAACCAAUCUCAUUUAUGGAAACAGGACCAUCAAAUUGUUGAUCAGUCUGUUCAUCCUUCUCAAAAUUUGGGGAGUAUGUAUAACAUUCACAAUGCUCACUAUCAGCCUUAUCCACCACAAUCUGCUCCUGGCUUCCCUAAUCAAGUGGUCCCUGGCAGUUCGCAUAUUCAAGACACUGCUGCUGGUCUGCAGCAGCAGGGUGCUGUUUCGUCUAGACAGAUGACUAAUUACAUGAUACCUUCUCAUAGUGGACAGGUAGCUGCACCCACCCAUGUCAGUCAGCAGUAUCAGGUUGAAGCCUCCCCUGGCAACCAGGGAGGAUAUGGAGUGCUUCAAGGGACAGAUGCCUCUGGUUUAUAUAAUUCUCAGGCUUUCCAACAACCAAAUAAUUCAGUUGCUGCAUCCACUCAAGUUCAGAGUGUUAAUCCAUCACAGCAACAUGGUGUCCUGCCAUAUACACUGGACCAAGUAAAUGCUGACCCUAACAGUCAGCAACAUCCUCUCUAUGGAGUUGGUCAGGGCUCAACAGAAGUUGAGGCUGAUAAGAACCAAAGGUACCAAUCAACGCUACAGUUUGCUGCCAAUCUUCUCUUCCAAAUACAGCAGCAGCAGCAACAGCAACCCCCUGGAGGACAUGGAUCAGGAAUUCAAUAAUGAGAAUCGUCUUCUAUGGGAAUAACUUUCACUACGUUUCCUUCGUUGCCAUUCAAUCUUGAUGAUGCAUAGAAAUCACAAACUGCAAAGUUUAAUGUAGUAAUUGAACUAAUAGGAGGAUUAAUGUCCCCUGCAACUCUGAAUCUAAUGCUAAUCAGUCCAUUGACUUGGUUUGGAGAUCAACUUUCAACUGAGUAAUGGCUUAUGAAAUUUCGGGCAGGAAGUCUAACUACACCGUACAUAUUAUAGAUAAAUACAGCCAUCCAUUGUUGCGAUUGUUGUCGUCGGAAUUCACUGAAUUCAACCUCUUUCCUCCCAAGUCCUAAUAUUACGACGAACCACAUUAAACUAGCAAGUCAAUUAUUGGGGUUACUUGAUUGGUUUUCCUUACCAAAAUAAAAUGCUAGUGACCUGUAACAAUUAUUGGGGUUGCAAACACUUAUUUGUUUGUCAUAAUGAAUGUUCUACCAAAUCCCGAUAACUUAGUUUGAGGACAUUGGUUUCCUGUUUUGUGUUAGUGUUCUGGUUUGGGAAGUGAGUCGGUUAUCAUUGGAGAUGAAUAUUAUUCGAUAAGAAUAUGAUGUGGCUAAGAAAGUUUAAAUGAAAUUCACUUUAAAUCACUAAUGCAUAGUUGAGAUGAAAAUGCUUCUUGAUGAUUAAGCUUUUGCUGUUGAAAAUAUCGGAGCCACUUUAAUUCGCGACCUAAAACAUCAUAUUAUGUGUCCAUGGAUUGGGUGUAUUGGUGCAAAAUCACUUUAAUCUGGUUUUAGGAUGUUGAGAUUAUUGUAUUUGUUGUCGCCUUGCCUUUCCUCGAACAGCUUGAGGUGAUUAUUAGUUUUGAAGAACAUUACCAUCAAAUCUAACGUUUGCAUUCGGCAAUACUAAAAUCGCAUUUUGUUCCCCCAUACAGUACAUUAUUAGUGUAUAAUACAUGGUUGAUGCUAGUAAGUAUCCAGCGAUCUUAUUUUUUACCGAAGUGCUCAAUGCGUAGAACACUUAAAAAGAAUUAUAAUGUUUUACUGUCUAAACUAAUCUUCUGGUUCAUAUUAAUUAUGUUAUUUGGUCCUAAAACAAAGAACGUAAGUUAGAAUUGUGGUAAUCUGCGUCUAUUAACUUGACUGUUUUUACCAUUACCCUUUUUAGUAUUGAACGUCAAGGCAAUUCAUGCGCAACGAGAUUAAA